GAAAGGGGGGAAGGCAAACUUUCUUUUCUGCGGGUGGAGGAGGAGGGGUGUUGUGGAGAAAUGCCUAACGAAGCGUGAAGCGUAACUGCAAGAGGGACAAAGACGCAUAGCGGGAGAGUAUGGCAGUAAGGACCUGGGACUUAUCAAAAUACUACGAAAAGGAAAAGACGGAAGAAGAAAUGUUCAAACUCUGUGGAAACAUUUCGACGAGUUGGAAGAUUAGAUGAAGGAUACAGAGGGGAAAGUAAUUAUCUUGCUGUUUUCUGUUCUGAGCAACGACAUACUUUGGAAGUUUACUUUUCCUAGGAAGCCUGCAGUGAUUAGCCACCAAAACUAACCACGCGGUUUGUAUGGUCCCGAUUUGCUAUACAAGUUGUCUGGAAUCCAACAUAUGGGUGAAAUCUUGUGCCGAGACUAUUAGGCUACUUAUUGGUCGUUUGGAAGAGUAGUUUGAGUUUGCAGCCUGCGCUCCUACAUGCAUGAACUGGCUUUUUGGUUCAUUCUAACUCUAUGUUUUUAUUUACAAGAAGGCCUACAUGAAUGUCCAGACACAAUCGCAGGAAAAGUGCGCAUUGGUUAACCAGACGUGUACCAAGAAUGAAAUUUUGUUAUAGCGCUCUGGCGCUUUUCUUUUCGUUCGUGGUGUUGGAUGCGCAGUUAGUUUGCUGGCAAGCGUUACUCCGGUGUCACGACGAGCCAGAGUGUGAUCUCGCCUACAGCCAGUACCUGUCCGCUUGCGAGGGGAACAUCCGCGGGAACAGGCGACAGUGUCCGAGCCACUGCAUCAGCGCCUUGGUGAGGCUGAACCAGACCGUCAGCGGCCCUGGCCUGGAGACGUGCGACUGUGGACAGGACGCACUGUGCCGGAAGUUGAAACAGGCCAUCGAGCCAUGCCUUCCCCGGACACAGCCGGGAGGCAUCGGAUGCACUGCGGCGCGUCAACGUUGCGAGGAGGAUGCCAGCUGCCAGUCCUCCCUGACGGCCUAUUUGACUUACUGUGGUCAGCUGUUUAACGGUCGGAAAUGCUCGUCAAGAUGCAAAAGCACAAUUCAGCAAAUGCUCUUUAUCCCUAACGGCAUGCUGCUCAACCAGUGCGUGUGCGACGGCGUGGAGAGACCGUUUUGCGAGGUGGUCAAGGAGAACAUGAGCAAACUCUGCAACAUCGGGGACGGCGGUGUGCCGUCAGACCACGCCGAGGUGGAUGAAGUGUAUGAGGACGAGGACUACGAGUUUAAAACGGAGCGCGAGAUGCUGGACCCUGACACAGUGGUUUCGUAUUCAGGCUCGCCUGGGCUGCCCUGCCACAUGGUGGUGUUGUUGUUGAUGGUUCUCACACUAACCCUGUAGGGAAUCGACUUAGCCCUCUGGCUAAGCGCCAUGGGUCACCUCUGAAAUGUUACUGAUUGGAUACAGCCUGCCAUAGCAAAGACAGAGUUGGGGGUGGUUGAAAAUGAAAUACAGUCCACAGACAUUGACUUGUAUUUCCUAGUAAGAAUGGAUGCAAACUCAAGGCCUUUAGUAGGCCUCAGGCCGCCUCAGCCUGGACACUGAAUGGACUUUAAACGAGGAGAUUAUCAUCUCACACUCGUGUCUGGGUAGGAUGCUGUUACACAAAUGAUUAUUUGAGGAGGAAGUGAACCUAGUCUGAUCCCCCUCUCCGAAUGACAAGAGUAUCAACACUGAGGCUGCCGGCCUGCUCCCUCUCCUGGUGUCCCCCUUGAACUUUUUUUCUUCCUGUUUGUUUUGUUUCCUCUCAAUAGCCCUUGAAGUAUGCCUUUAUUAAGACUGAAGGUAAACAGUGGGCCGUGUUUGCUCAGCACUGCACUUCGCGCCAGGCCCUUUUGUUGCAGCCAUCACCCUUCAAAUAUUUGUGGUGUGUCGCAGGGAAACAGACAAGGCUUUUUGGAUCAAGACGCUAAAUUAAGUGGAUAGGCUCUUCAGCAGUCACCCCACCCCCACCCCUCCCCUCCCCUUGCUACCCCAUUCCCCCCAUUUUGCCCUUUUUUUAAAAAAAACUCUCCUGUUCUUCAACCCCCCCCCCCCCUUCCACUCGACUCUGCAGACCCAUUUUUUCUCCUCCUGGCAGUCAGAGGACACCCCAAAACACAAUAAUUGUGCUGUUAUUCGGCCUGAUUUUUCAAACAUGGGAUUGCAAGCCAUGUUGUGUAACUUUUGUACAUGGUGAAAGAAUGAAAGUUGAUCUGUUCACUAGAAUUCCACACAGUGUGGGUUUUUUUUGUUGUUGUUCCCUCUUACUGACCACAAUUUUGAAGGAUUUUUUUUGUUUUGUUUUUGUUUAAUGUACUGUAUGUGUGUUUCUUGGAGAUGAAGAAAACUUUUUAGAGUGGAAAGUUUUUGCCAGUUUUCUCCUUCCUUCUGCUGUUUUGUUUUCUGUUCUCCUCUGUCUGUUUUUUUGUCUUCUAAUGACUCUGACCUAAAGCUCUCUUUUUGACCCCAACUGGAUGACUUCUCCAUAGGGAAUAUGAAUUUAGUGCGAGGAGAGGAGGGGGCAAGCUAAAUUACGAAGCUCCAGUUCUGGCUAAUGUGUUUUCUUUCUGGAAAACAAAAUAUAUUGCCUGAACCUCAGCUAUAUGGACGGUUGGGCUCUACUAUUACAUUUGCUGCCUGAGGAAGUAUGUAACUAGUGUGGAAUGUGGGCUGAUAUUAGACUCUGGAGCUGAGAAACAGUCCUUUAAGUGGGCCUGCAAUGAAGAAAAGCCCUCCUGGGUUUGGGCAGAUGAAUUGGGAUUGACUGGGUUGCUGUGGAGGGGGAGGUUGUGGGGGGUGGAUGAAGCACACUUUCCUGGUCUCUUCACCUUCAGUGACCUAGUUCUGUCAAGUGUUGCAUCUCCUUUUAGUUCAUUUUUUCUCUUCACAUAUCUGCACUCAUGUACACACACAAAACUAAGGUUGGGUAAAUAACAGUAUUUUUUCUUUAUAGUGUAAAAUGUGUGUUUAUUUUUGUUCAAUAUAUAGGACUGGCUUCCUGGAUGAGGACUUAAGAGUUGUCCCAGAAUAAAACACACUUUAGUUAACAUUAAAUCCUAAUCUGAGAGAAGUGAGCUCUGAUAUUUCAUCGCUGUUUACACAAAGUGUUUUUUUCUGUACAGAGAGUGAACAAAUAUUUAUAUGUUGAAAAUUUAAGGGAAUAAAAUAUGAAUG